GGUCCGUAGCAAUAACUAAACUCGAGGCACCUUGCUUUUCGACCUACAUCGCGCGUUGCUGGUUCAGUCUUCGAGACAACGUCGAUCAACUUCCAUCUCGUUAAACCAGUUCUCGUUCAUUGCUAAACUUCACAAUGGACGGUGACGAUGAAAAGACUCAAAUGCUUAAGAAGGCUUUUGCGAUGUUCGAUCAUAGAAAAACUGGAUUCAUCGAGACAAAUCAAGUUGCAGCUAUUUUGAACACUAUGGGCCAACAGUUCGACAGCAGCGAGUUGGCGAUCACAAUUGAAGAAGCUGAUAAAAACAAAACCGGUAAGCUGUCGUUUGAAGCUUUCUACUCGAUCGCUGCAAACUUCUUGGAAGAUGAAGAUGACGAGGCCAUGCAGAACGAGCUUAAAGAAGCUUUCCGUCUCUACGACAAAGAAGGUAACGGUUAUAUCACAACAGCUGUGCUGCGAGAAAUUUUAGCCGCCCUGGACGACAAACUGACUCCAGAAGAUUUGGAUGGUAUCAUCGAAGAAAUCGAUGAAGACGGUUCAGGAACUAUUGAUUUUGAUGAAUUCAUGGAGAUGAUGACUGGAUAAACCCUUCGUUCCAGCAUCCAAAUCUUCUCUCUGCUAUAUAGAUAUGAGCGCUGUAUCUGUCUUUCCUGUUCAUUUUGAAACUCAUCUUUGCCUUAUAAUCAACUGACGAUUCCCAGUAAAUAGAGCUGUCUUUUUACCCCAAA